UAGCCUUGUACAUGCGUGUUGUCGCAUUCGCAACGGUGGUGUUGGUGUGUACGUUUACAUACAUGGAGUUUGACCAAGUUGGACAAAAUACACCAUGGCAACUCAUUUGGAACACUGACAGACUGUUCAAGAAAGAAGUGUAUAUGCCACAGUUUCCCUGUGUUGGAGCAAUACCAGGCGAAGACGAGGAUCUUUUUUGCUUGAACAGGACGGAGCUGCUCCCUGACUUCAAGAACCCGUGCUGGAAGGACCAAAACGGGACCAUCAGCUGCCUCCCGUAUUUCCAUCUCAUUGGAUCCGAUAAAUGCGGAUCUACGGAUCUGUUCAAUAGAAUUACUCACCACCCAGAUGUGGAGACGUGUAGCUGUGUGCUUGGGAAGGAAGCUACCUACUGGAGCUGGUUUCGCUAUGGUAUAGUUCAUAAAAGUAUGAGACGUCAUCAUCUAACGUUUGCUGACUACAUCAACAUGUUUAGGAAGGCAUCCGUCAGUAUAAAAGCUUAUGCAGUCGAUGAUUACCACCCUAAAGUUGUAGGGGACGGAACACCGAUGGACUUCUGGGAUUUCCGAGGAUGGACGAGAAUACCUCAGAACAGAGGGCUUCAAGAACCUUUAGUUCUUACUCCACAUUUAAUGCGCCAUGUGUAUAAAUAUAUGAAAUUCCUACUCAUCUUCAGAAACCCCAUAGACAGAUUAUACUCAGACUACUACUUCAUGAACUAUGGAAGGUCACCGGAGUCGUUCCAUGAUCAUGUUAUCCUUUCUGUCUGGAUGAUGAAGAAGUGCAUCCGGGAAAAUUCUGUCAGAACAUGCAUGUUUAGUACGAAGAUGUAUCAUCACCUACCGACCAGGCUCCAUAUUGGUUGUUAUUCGGUGUUUCUAAAGGAAUGGCUUUCUGUCUUUCCGCGGGAGGACUUCCUCAUCUUGAGAACAGAGGACUACAAGGCCAAUGCUUGGGGAACUCUCAGUGACGUCUUUAAGUUUUUAUCACUACCUCCACUGAACGUGACGGCUAUGGACAACCUCGCACAACUUAAAAAGCAGCAUGAGACCAAAUCUAAAAGAAAUGCGCUUGAUAUGAAGAAUAGUACACGAAGAAUACUCCACGACUUUUAUGCUGAAUAUAAUAAGGAACUCGCUGAUAUACUAAACGAUGACAAAUUCCUGUGGGAAACAUGACAGUAGGCAAAUGUAAUUAUCUUAAAAACCUGUAUAUAUAUACACAUGCACAAAAGUUAAGCGCCACCAUAUUUAUAGUCUCUU